AUGAAUAAUAGAAAAAUUGAUUCUUUUUUCAAGAGGAAAGCAUGUGAAAUUGAAAGAGAUGAGAGAGAUGAAGAAAUUAUAAUCCCGACAUUUGAACCUGAAACAAUUCUUGAGAUUCCAAGAAUUGAAGAGCAUCAUGGGUUUGAAAAUUCUUUGGAACGUGAUCCUGGAAAGCAUCGUCCGAUUUGGCAAUAUCCACCAAAUCAAGUGGAUGCAAUACAAAGAGCUUAUCUAAAAUGGGGUCCAUAUCAAAUUCAUUUAGACAACUAUCCUUUGUCCGGUAAUGCGGAUCAUCCAAGAAGGUUUCAACACACUUGGUUUAGCAUAUUUCCCUCUUGGUUAGAAUAUUCACCAUUUGAAGAUGCUGCAUACUGCUUACCUUGUUACCUUUUUAGCAAAAAACCAAGUGGGCGUCCCGGAUCACAUGUCUUCAUUUCUACGGGAUUUAGAACUUGGAAGAAAGUUAGGAAUGGAAAACAUUGUUCCUUUCUUAAACACAUAGGGAUGGAUUCAUGUUCGCCACACAACAAUACAAUGCAAGCUUGUCAAGACUUGUUGAAUCAAGAUUGUCAUAUCAGAAAUGUUAUUCAAGUUCAAAGUUCAAGUCAAAGAAUGAGUAACCGGCUUCGUCUCAAAACUUCAAUUGACAUUGUUUGUUGGUUAACACUUCAAGCUUGUGCUUUAAGGGGUCACGAUGAAACUAGCAAUUCAAGAAAUCAAGAAAAUUGCAAAUAUACCUCACAUAAAAUUCAAAAAGAGCUCUUGCAAAUUCUUUCUAGUAGGGUGAAAAAGCAUAUUCGUGAGGAAAUUGGUGAUUCCAAAUUUUGUAUUGUUGUAGAUGAAGCUCGCGAUGAGUCAAAAAAGGAACAAAUGGCUCUUGUAUUAAGAUUUGUUGAUAAAGUUGGUUUAAUACAAGAGAGAUUUUUUGAUGUGGCACAUGUUAAAGACACCACGUCUUUAACUCUUAAGGAAGCAAUUUGUGAUAUACUCUCUCGACAUAACCUUGAUGUGUCUAACAUUCGCGGACAAGGGUAUGAUGGUGCUAGCAACAUGAUAGGAGAAUGGAAUGGUUUACAAGCACUCUUUAUGAAGGAUUGUCCUUAUGCAUACUAUGUUCAUUGUUUUGCUCAUCGAUUGCAACUUGCCUUGGUUACAGCAUCAAGAGAAGUCAAACCAAUUCAUAAAUUCUUUGAUAAACUGAUUUUUGUAGUCAAUGUUGUUUGUUCUUCCACUAAGCGCCAUGAUGAGUUACAAGCUUCCCAAUUAGAAGAGAUUGCACAUUUGUUAGAGAUUGGUGAGAUUGUAACUGGUAAAGGUUUAAAUCAAAUUGGUACUUUGAAACGAGCUGGAGAUACCCGUUGGGGAUCACAUUACAAUUCUAUUUGUAGCUUGAUAAACAUGUAUGAAGCAACUUGUUCAGUUUUAAAAAAAAUUGCAAAAGAAAGGGGAAAUUAUGCUACACGUGGGGAUGCAGAUAGUUCUUAUAAUUACUUGAAGGCAUUUGAUUUUAUAUUUAUUUUGCAUUUGGUGAAAGAAAUUAUGGGGAUAACAGAUAUGCUUUGUCAAGCCUUACAAAAACAAAAUCAAGAUGUAGUUAAUGCCAUGGACUUGGUUCGUUCAACAAAAAGUUUUAUUCAAGACUUGAGAGAAAACGGUUGGGAUAUAUUGUUUAGUACAGUGACAUCUUUUUGUGAAAAGCAUGGUAUUGAGAUUCCCGAUCUUAAUGAUAUUCAUUCAGCAACAAGAUUUGGACGAUCUCACCUUGAAGAAAGUCAAGUCACAAUUCAACAUUACUUUAAAUUUGAAAUCUUUUUCACUACCAUUGACAAACAGUUACAAGAGUUGAAUAGAAGAUUUAGUGAGCAGGCAAUGGAUUUGUUAACUCUUUCUUGUGCUUUGUCUCCUAAGGAUGAGUAUAAAGCUUUUAACAUUGAUACUAUUUGUUCUCUAGUUGAAAAAUAUUAUCCUAUGGAUUUUAGUGAUCAAGAGAAGAAUAAUUUGCAAUUUCGACUUCGGCAUUUUCUAUUUGUUGCUCGCCAAGCAUCAAAUUUGAUUAAUUUAUCAACUAUUCAAGAGCUAUGUUCAUGUUUGGUGGAAACUGGACAGGCUGAAAUUUAUUUCUUGAUUGAUAGGCUACUUCUCCUUAUCAUGACUCUUCCAGUUUCUACGGCAACAAUUGAGAGGUCUUUUUCAGUAAUGAAAAUUAUCAAGACUAAGUUGAGAAACAAGAUGGAUGCUAGGUUUCUAAGAGAUAGCAUGAAAGUUUAUAUUAAAAGGGAGAUUAGUGCAAACAUUAGUUCUGAGUCUAUUAUUGAAGAUUUCAAGUCACUCGGAACACGUAAAGCUUUAUUAUAA